AUGGACGAAGUCAUUAGAACGAAGGGAUAUCUUCAGAGAUUUUUGCUUUUACCACAGAUGACGACGCUGACGGUGACGAUGGCGAAGGUCGAGGUACAGAUUCGUAGCUGCUUCUGUUGUGGGCUAACACCAGCUUCUAUACUGGUAGCGCUAUACACCUUGCUCCUCUAUUCACUGUUGACUGGCUUAGCUGCUUGGGGAUUAUCGGACACCGCUAAUAAUGGUGAUGUCUCUCAUUAUCGUAGCUGUGAACUCGAGGCACAAGGAAAAUUGGCAGCAGAAAACCGCAAAUUAACAUUCCAUGGAGGUCAUACUACGGUCGUAGUAGAAGAUUCAACCACUUACCAUUGUUCGUUUGGACUUUACACUGAAGAAUUAAAAUAUGACGCUGGAAUACGUUACGCCAUUCUUCUCUUCGAUAUCCUCCUCUAUAUCGGAUUGAUUCUAGCUUCUAUUCUGCUUCUGAUUGGACUAUCCAUCUACAACCAAUGGCUUUUGGUGCCUUGGAUGAUUCUCAUGGCUAUCGAUAUCGUUCGUGGUCUGAUCUCUGUCCUCUUCAUCUUUAUCUUUAGUUAUGGUAACCUGGCGCGAAUCGCAACAGGAAUCUUCUUCCUGGGAUUGCAAUUCUUCCAUAUCUCCUUACUGAUGAUCAUCAUUGCUAAGUUUCAACGAAUCUAUAAUCGACGAAAUGGUAUCGUCAUGGAUCCACAGUACGAUAAUCGAGCCUACCCUGGCGGAUCCUCAUCCACUUAUGCGUACUCACCCGACAAUCGUCGCGAUCCCUACUACCCUGAACAAAGGGAUCCACGGGACUACAGAGAACAUCCGCAGGCAAUCGACAAUCACGGCUAUCGCUACUGAUCCAACAUAAUAGUCACCUCAUACUGUACAGUUUUUCCUCAGUUGCCUCAGAUACUUAUGUUUGCAUUGGUCGAGAUGUCUUGCCU